AUGCCUUUAGCUAGAGACGUACUACAUUCAUCGUUGGAAGAGGAAGAGAAAAAACAUAAAAAGAAAUGGCUCGUUCAAAGUCCAGAUUCUUAUUUUAUGGAUGGAAAAUAUCCAGGUUGCUGCAGGAUUGCCAGGGUUUGUAGCCAUUCCCACAUGGUGGUGCUUUGUGUAGGUUGUUCAAUAGAGUUGUGCCAGCUGAUGGGAAGAAAGGCCAGGCUCACAGAAGGGUGUUCAUGCAGAAGAAAGCAACACUAA